GCGGCCCAUUUGGGCAGUAGUCGAGUAUAUCGCGUAAAAGAGAGAAAUCUCCCGUCUCGUUGGCUCCUCCUCCGCUCCUUGCGCCGCCGCCAAGACGAGUCGCGGCUGCCGAUCUCCAUCUGGCGAGGAGAGUAGGGGAGGGGAUCCUGUUAAAAGCUUCCAUCCAGGAAUGGCAAUGGCAUUGAGAAGAGUACUGAAACAUGGUGUAAUCCCAAGAGAUGCAGCUCAAGUAGUUGGCAUAAGAGGAUUUGCAAUUGCAAGCAAGGCAAAGAAGGGCGGAAAGGGUGCGGCCGAUGCUGCUAAAACCCCUGUGCUCAGCAAAGAACUUAAGAGUACAACAGUGUUUGGGGCAAAUAUCCUCAAGGAGGGGUCUGAUCCGAAACUCCAGCCAGAUUCUGAAUACCCUGAGUGGCUGUGGCACCUGCUCGACAAGCGCCCUAUGCUGAGUGAGCUGCGGAGGAAAGAUGCCAAGACGCUCCCCUAUGAAGACCUGAAACGGUUCGUCAAGCUGGUGAACCGAGCUCGGAUCAAGGAGCAGAAUGCCCUCACUGCAAAGAACUGAUCUGGAUACUCUCUGGAGGUUCCAUCAUCUGUUUUUCACUACAUGAUUUACUGUUGAAAUAUGCUAAGCUGUGCACUGUAAUAAUGUAGUGACCUGGAACAUUAGAAUAUUUAAGAGAUGCUUCCUAAUUUUUGUUUUCUGGCAAAAUGCUUUAGCAAAUUACUUCCUCUGUUUCACAAUGUAAGUUAUUCUAGCAUUUUCCACAUUCA